AUGAAUAUACCGAAGCCAUCAGCUGUUGCAGGAGGGCGAAUUUUGCCAUACUGUCUCGUAGGAGACGAAGCAUUUCCCUUAAAACCGUAUUUACUUCGCCCUUAUCCAGGCAAGAAAGGACUGACAUCGGAACAGGACAUUUUCAACUAUCGGUUAAGCCGUGCGAGAAGAUUUAUCGAAAAUACUUUCGGUAUAUUAGCUAGCCAAUGGCGAAUAUAUCGCAAACCAAUUAUUGCAUCCCUAGAGAAUGUUAAAUUGAUGGUGCAGGCGACGGUUUGUCUGCAUAAUUGGAUCCGCAAAGACAACAUUGAUAAAAAUACAUACGUUUCUGCGGGUAUGGUGGAUGAAAUUAAUCCUGAUGAUCCAAGUAGUUCCACAUUAGGUUCUUGGCGGAGAAUCUUUGAAGAUGGCUGCGCUUUUCGAGAUAUCGGUCAUUGUGGUUCGAAUACCA